CAGGAAUAACAUCUUCAAAAGGAUCAGUUAUCUUCAUAGACAUUUAAGUGUUAUGUUUUUAAAGUGUGGUUGAUGUUUGUUUUUUUAAUUUAAUUUUUUUAAAUUUUAAACUGGAUUCAUCUAAUAUAUAUAUGAUAUUCAUUUAAUUUGUCUAUUUUUUAAAUAGUUAAAUAGGUAGAGACACACAUAAGUUAAAAUGAUUCUCCUUGACAUUUAUUUAUUAUUAUUUUUUGUUUGCCUCACAGUAGGAUGAAAAUAUCAACACAAUGCGCACAGUAUCUGAAAUUCAGCUUUUAAGAUUUACAUUUCGUAUUCUCAUGAGGAAUGUGGUGAUUCUAUUUCUAUUGAGCUGCAACAUAAGACAAGGAUUUUCUGGUAUAACAUCUAUUGUUUUUUAUUAUUUUUUUUAAAAUCAAUUCAGAUAUUAAAUAAACAAAUGAUAUUUACAAUAAAUUUAAAGCAAAUUUAUGGCUAAUAAUGGUUUUAAACGCGUAAUUUAACUGGUGAAAAUUUUCCAAUAAUUGUAUUUAUUUUUUAUAUAAAGAAAUUUAUUAACAAAUACAAUGAAAUUUAGAUUGAAAAUUAAAAUAAAAUAUUCCUUUUUACCAAAUAUUAGGCACAAAAACCAAUUGAGAAUAAAUCUGUUCAUUGAAUUUAAUAUAAUCCUAAAUAUAUAUAUUAUAUAUAUAUAUAUAUAUAUAUAUAUAUAUAAAUAAAUAAAUAAAUAAAUAUAUAUAUAUAUUUAUAUAUAUANUAUAUAUAUAUAUAUGUAUAUAUAAUUUACAUAAUAAAGCAAGUCUAAGAUUAUAAGUUAUAAUAACAAAAUAACCCCUCAUUACCGUCAUCCUCCUCACCACCUUUCACGCUGUAGCUAGGAUCACAUGGUUUAAAGCCGAGCCAUCAGCAUCUGUUUCAGGAACAAUAAGACUCUCACAGAAACAAAAGCUAAGCCUAGAAUGUUCGAUUAAGUCUUCUGGUCAGCCGUACGUCGCACGUAUCACAAACGAGGAGGGCGUUGUGCUAGCCAGCAAAAGAGAUACCAAUGAUUCCAUUCUCACAUAUACUAUACACCAGGUGGCGUGCCACGAUAUAGGAUCGUUAACCUGUGAGCUUGAUGAUCAAACUACGAGUAAAUUGAUCACUUCGACCCAUUACUUAAUGGUAGAAAAUUGUACGUAUGUUAUAGUUAUGUAAUUGUAAAUACAGUUUACUUAGGUCUUUUUGCUAGACAAUUGUAGUUAGCAAUAUACUUAUUGCAUGUCUGGAAUUUGGGGGGGAUUGAACUUUAGUCCACUCGACCGACUAGUUUUCAAUAACAUAGGUAAAAGUUAAACGAAAACAAUGAAGUUCUUUACUUUUACAGAUACUUUAAAUUCAUGUCUUUAGCAAAUCUUUUUUUUUUUAAAAUUAAUAAUCUUAUUUUUUUAAUUUAUUUUUUUGUGUGAUAAAAUCAUUCGUACUGUAAAAAAAUAUCAUGUAUGUAUUUUAUGAACAAAUUAAGUUUUUUGGAGUAAUAGAGCUCCAUUCAAAUGGAGUAUGGUGUGCUAGGCCAGUUAUAAUGUGAAGUACAUGUCGCUGUCAAGUUAGGCUUUCAUACAGAAAUGCCUUCACCAAAAAAAAGCAACUUAAUUAGCGUAGGAAUUGUACUAACAAAGUUCGGCUUUCUUAAGAAAAUAAUAUUGAAAAGUCCAAACCUACAAGUAUCCUAUUUUGCUAAAGUGGUGCAGAUUUGUCUUUAAAAAAUCAUCAGUACAUUAUUGUGAUUUCAUUUUCUUUCGUCUUUAAAAAAAAUGUUAAUCUAAGUAAAUUUAAUAAAACAAUACUAAAUAAAAUUUAAAUAAUUAUAAUAUUAUUUGAAAUAGAUUAAGGUGGUAAUUUUGUGUAAAUAAAACAAUAUAGGUUAAGUUUUAAUUAUGGUUAUACAGAAUGCAAAAUUAUAAAAGUUCUGAUGAAUAGAGCAAACUAAACAGAAGCCAUAUUUAUUUAUAAACGCAAGAAAAAAAAGUGAGAUUGUUCAUCCACUACACGAAAUAUUUUAACCAGAACUAACGUUUGAACUUUUACAAUUGAAGGAUGUCUAUUAAUUUUUUUUUUUUUUUAUCUUAGCACUAAACUGAAUGCACUUAUUGAUUAUAAAUAAACAUCCUCUACGUAUUUAUGUACGGCUGUAACGCGUGCAAAAUAAAAUAAACAUAAGGUAACAGUAAUUACGGAUGUUUUUAAAGAGCGUUAAUUGAAGAAAUGGUUUUGUCUAGCAAUUUUAGGAGAUCGGAAGUUCACGGUAUGUUGCCGCCAUUGCAAGGCAGGUUAUUUCGAGCGUAGUUAUAAAUACUUAGCUCAACAUCUUCAAAGUUAUUUUGUAAAUGCUUCAUUUAUCAUCCUUACAAAUCAGAUUCGUGAAACACAACUCAAAAUUAUAGUGGUAGAUUUAUUCUGAAUUAUGUGUGGUAACUAUAUUGUAUUACUAGACAAUUUACCUGCAUGGAGGUGGAAAGCAAUGGAACAUACCGAAUGGAAUGAUUGGGUGAGCAGGGCAGGGCCCUACCUGGGCUGUGGCGCCACUGAUGAUGAUGAAACAACACACAUGGCUUUGCCCAGAACGGCAUUCGAAAAAAAAAAUUUACAAUGUCUACAUACAUUUAAUUAACAUUACAACUUUAGGGUCGUGUAAAAAAAUAUACCGUAAAGUUAUUCAGAAAAAAAUAUAAAUAACUAUCUUAUCUCCUACAAAAUAUUAUAGAAUAAAAAAGUAAAUUUUUGGUUCCCCAACCGGAUCCCUACCCCAUUUGGAUACAGAUUCCGGUGGCAUCUCGAUGCCGAUUAAACCGUGAACACGGUGGGAGAAAGAUCACGGUAGGAUUACGAUCCUCGUGGAACAUUGCCCCUAGUGUAUUCAGGAUACCGACGGGAUCCUAAUUUGCCGUGUGAUUCCAAUCCCGGCGGGAUCCCAAUCCCGUGGGAAUACGAUGGGAUUCCGAUACAGUUGGAAUCUCCAACCCGAUUUCAUUAUAAUUCCGUAUUACCCCAUUUCCGGGUUGGAUCCAGUACUGGUGUGAUCCAAAUCGGUGUGGAAUCCGACCUCGGUUGGAUCAUAAUCACGGUGUGAUUCCGAUACUGGUGGCAUCCCAAUCCCGGUGGAAUCGCAAUACCGUGGGAUACCGAUACCGGACAAAUUCAGAUCUCAGUGGUAUCCGGAUCCCAUUGGGUUUUCGAGACUAAUGGGUCCCGUUUCCCGCUGGGAUCCCGUUUUCAGCUGGGAUCCCGAUCCCGUUUGGAUUCCGUGAAUUUCAACAUGAUUUUAGUUCCCAUUACAUAUAUUGAACAAUCUAGAACUUUCUGAAAAAUUUUAGAUUACAAUUAAUUUUAUCCUCGAGAAAAUUUUUUUACGAUUUCAACAAUCAUACCACUAAAUAUAAUUCUUUAACUAUAGAACCUUUAAGUUGAAAGAGAAGCCCUAGAGUGGGCCCAUUCCACAAUUGUACUGAAGUAGUUUUGCCUAAGAUGGGAGGCCCUAUAACAAUCAGAAAGAUUAUUUUUUGUGGUGAAAUUUUAAAUGUGUAUCAUUAAAAUCUAUUUACAAAUGCCAUAGAUAUACACUCUUCGGUAUUUGAAUAUAGAUACACAAGUAUAUUUGUAUACUAAGUUUUGUCAAGAUUCAUCUAUUGAUGUAAGAGUAUUCUUUGCUAAUUUUAUUUAUAUAGCUAAUAUAAGAAAAGAAAAAAAAAGUAAUUCGUGGCAUUUGGCCCCGGACGAAAUGAUACAAAAUGUUCCUAGCCCCCAAGAAUUUGAUUCUGGAAAAUGACGGAUGUAUCUGUCAAUUUAUGUUAAAGCCUUCCUGGAACACACAAACAAACACAUUUUUCACUAGCCAAUACAUACGGCAGGUGUUGCCUGGGAUUGCCUUCGAAACAACAACAACUUUUACAGCAUUUUGAUUAACAUUAACAUUGAGCACCAUACAAAAUCCACCUGAUAGAAAGAAAAAAUUAUUACUUUUUCAAGUAUAAAAACAUAUUUAUUAUAUUUUUUUUAAAAAAAUGUCUUUCCCUAAUGGGAUCCCAAUUCAAAGAGAUCCAAAUUGGAUCCCGUUAUGCCGAUUGGAUAACAAUCCCGGUUGAAUCACGAUCCCGGUAGGAUCGAAUUGCCCAAUAGGAACCUGAUCCCGUUUGUUAUUUCAAUCCCGGUGGGUUCACGAUCUCGAUCGGAUACCGAUCUCCAUAGAAUCCCGACCCCAGUUGAAUCACGAUCAUAGUAUGAACAAGUUUCGCGUAAGAUCCCGAUCCAGGUGAUAUAUCAAAAUCACAAUAGGAUCCGAUACAAGUGGGAUACCAAAAACCAGUGCUAUCCCUAUCCCUAUUGGAUGGAGGUUCUCGAUAGGAUUCUGAUCCUGGUGGGAUCCUUAUCCUGUCGGUACCCAAUCCAGGAGAAAUUUCGUUCCUAGUGGAUCCCGAUACCGGUGGGAUUAGAUACAAGUUGGUGCUCGAUCCCAUUGGGAUCCGCAUCAAGUGUAUGAUCGAGAUUCCAGAAAAAAAUCAAGAUACCAUUGGGAUCCCUACCCCGUUAGCAUCACUAUUCCGUUAGGAUACCGUUUCCAUUUGGAUUCAGAUCCCUCGGAUUUUCAAUCCCUCGAUUUCAAUUCCGUCGGGACCCCGAUCCCGUCGGUAAUCCGAUCAUGGUUGUAUCUCAAUCCAUGAGGUUCCCGAUAACGUUGGGAUUCCGAUAUUGGUGUGUUCGCGAUCGCGGUAGGAUAGAUUUUCCCGAUGAGAUACAGAUCCUAAUUGUAUCCCGAUGCCUUAGAAUCCCGUUUCUCGGUGGGAUCAUCUUCUCAGAUUUGAUGCCUUUUCUCGAUAAUAUCUCGAUCCCGAUAUUAUUCCAUUAACCGAUGGGAUCGCGUCACGGUUUGGUUUAAUUUUCUGUUGGAUCUCGUUAAUAGUACAAUACGAUUUUAGAUCCAAUUCUAUAUCUCCGUAGAACUAUACAGAGCUUUCCGGAACAUAUUAAAAUAAUUAUGCUCCUCGAAGGUGCAAAAAUCACUUGUUUGCAAACAAUUUUUUAAUACGAAAUAUUUUACAACUAAAUGCAUGAAUAUAAAUAUAGCAUAUUAAAGUUUAACUUAGGGGCCGAAAUGUGGGCCUAUUCUAUAAUUUGUACCGAAAUAGUUUUGCCUGAGAUAGUUUGCCCCAAAAAAUCAGUCAGUUAGAUAUGGAGUUAAAGUUUAAAAUGUCCCAUUAAAAUCGGUUUAAAAAUGCCGUAGAAAGCUUUUUAAAUGUAAUAAAAUUCCUGGGAAAAUUCUAGAUUGGAUAUUAUUAGUUUUAAAUCCACCGUUAUUACAAUAAGUACAAUGAAGCGUGUUGCCACACACCUAGGCCAAGAUCCAUCAAUUCGCAUAGAAUCUAAAAGGUUUUCUAAACCUAUUGAUAUUUAUAAAGCAUAUAUUUGGGAACAAGAAAAUGGGUCCCCUGACCCCAUGCGAUUGGAUAUUAUGAGUUCUUUACCCUUGAUAUUAUAUAAUUGAUAAUCCAGUGUGUUUGUUCUAAGUUUGGUCAAGAUCAAUUUCUUAAUGUAGGAGUAUUUGUUGCUAAAUUUAUUUAUGUAGCUGAUAUUAGAAAAACAAUUCGGGGCCCCGAGCCCAAAAGGAAUGUUAUAAAAUGUUCAUAAGCCACAAUAUUUGAUUCUGGAUAAUGGUAGACAUUUGUGCCGAGUUCGUUCAAGAUUCAUCAAUCAAAGUAAAAGCCUGUGUGGAACAAACAAACAAACACACCCACAAAGUUUCGCUUAUAUAUAUAUACUAAGAAAUAUGUCCGGUGGAUCCCAGGAUUGCACUAGGAAAAGCAACAAAUUCUAGAGCUUUAAAUUAACAUUUAAAUUAAGGGCUAUGUAAAAAAACAAAACCAACUAUAGUAAAUAAAACAUUGCUUUGUCUCCUACAAGAGCACUUUGAUAAUAACUUUUGUGAAUCUUUUAUUUUCUGAUGAAAUCCCGAUCCAUGAGAGAUCCCAAUCGGAUACAACUUCCUUAUGUGAUGCCGCUGUCCGAUGUAUCCCGGUACACAGAGGCAUCCCAAUCCUGUUGCAAUCCCUAUCCUAGUGAGAUCAGGAACCCGGUGGGAUCCUGAUCUAGUUUGGAUCCCUUUUCCGUCGGUGUCCUUAUCCCAUUGGGAUCCCGAAAGAAUCCCGAUCCCUCUGGAUAAGAUUUUGGUAUUACCCCGAUCCCAUUCAUAUUAUGAUCUCGUCCCGUUAGGAUCCGGAUACCAUUGGGCUCCCGAUUCAGAUAUGACCCCGAUCCCGGUAGAAAUAUAAUUUUCGCUAAGAUCCCAUUCCGGGUUAUUUCCUAUUACGUCGGUAUCCCAAAAGAGGUGCGAUCCUGAUCCUGGUAAGUUCAAAAUACCAUUAAAAUCGAGUUUCCAUGAGGAUCCCGAUAUGAUUUCGACCCCGUAAAUAUCUUAAUCCCAUCGGUUACCCGUUACGUUUGAAUCCCGAUGCAAAUGAGGUCCCGAUACGGCAGGGAUCCUGAUACCGUUGGCCUCACGAUCCUAUCGAUUUCUCAAUGCCUUUGGGAACCCGACCCAGAAUUGGUCUCGAUCGCGGUGGGAUCCCAAUCCCCGUAAGAUCGAUGUUUCUGGUGGGAUCCUCUUUUCUAAUGGGAUCCAGUUUCACCUAAGGAUCCCGAUUUGAUCCCGGUACCCAAUGGGAUCGCGUUACAACUAAAUUAAUUUUAAUGUUUGACCUCGUAAACAUUUCAUAACCUUCUAGAUCCCACUAUGUAACCCCGCAGAGGAAUAAAGAAAUGUCUGUAACAUUCUAGAUUAUAUUUAAUAUCCUCCUUAAAACGUGUAAACAAUAAUAUUCUAAGUAAUUAUUUUUCGAACACGUAAAAUCAUACCAAUAAAUUUACUGAUAUAACUAUAUACAUCUAAAGUUAAAGAGAAACCCUGGUGGAGGCCCAUUCCAUUAUUACACCGAUUUAGUUUUGGCUGAGAUUGGGGGGGGGGGGGUGUGGUCAGUGAUUAUUAAAAAAAUAUUCAGACAAAUAUUAAAGUUAAAAUUGAUCCCAUUAAAAUCGGUUAGAAAAUGUCAUAGAUAUAGUUUUAAAAAAAAAAAUAUUAUUAAACAUUCUAACAUAUUCUAGAUCGUUCCGAAAGGGAUUGGAUGUUAUUAGUUUUAAAUCAACCGCUAUUUCAAUACGGACUAUAAAAAUUAUCUGCAAAAAAAGCUAAGUCUAGAUCCUUCAAUUCUCUUACAACCUGAUGGCGUAAAGGCUGGAGAUAUUUACAUAUCUUAAAUAAGGAAAAAUGAAAUGGAAAAUAGAUAUUUUGAGUUCAUUACCCUUCGGUAUUAGAAAAAGGAUAAUUAAGCACAAAGUUGGUCAAAAUCCAUCAAUUUAUAGAGUAUUUAAUGCUAAUUUUAUUUAUAUAGCUGACUAGCGGAUAUACCCGGAGUAGCUUCACUUUAACAUAUAUACUAGCAGGUAUACCCAUUAUUAGCCGGGAAAGCAUUCGAAUAAAAGGAACUUCAACAGCUUUAUAAUUAACAUUAAAUGGAAGCACCCUUAAAAAAAAAUAUUUACUCAGCCCUAGUAAAAAAAACAUGAGUAAUAAAUCUUUUGUCUUUUAAAGCACAUUUAUAAUAUUUUUGUAAUCCUUUCAAUCAAAGAUAGCUUCCCAAGUAAGGAAGGAACCCAAACUGAUCCGAUUUUCCGAUGAUAUCCCGUUUUCCAAUGCAUUCCGAUUUCCUGAGGGUUCCUGAACUCGUUUGGAUCUCAAUCCCAGUUCCUUAUGGUUUCUCAAUACCUGUUGGAUCCCGAUCCUAUUUGAUCUCGAUUACGUUGAAAUCCCUAAAACUGUUGGUUCACGAUCCUGUCGAUAUUAAGAUCCCAGUGCAAUCACGAUUCCACAGGUACCUCUAACCCGGGGGGAUUUCCGAUCCCGUUGAGGUACCGAUCCCUUUGAGUUCCUAAUCCCUGUUGUAACAUGAUCCCGGUAGAAUUACAAUACCUUUGCAUUCCAAAUCUUGUGGGUUCCUGAUUACAUAGGAUCCCUUUUCUCCGUGUAGCCCCGAUUCCGGUAUAUCAUAAUCUCAAUGUGCUUCCUUUUCCCGGUGGGAUCGCAAUACUGGUCGGAUCCUGUUCUCGCUGGUUUCCCGUUUUCCGGUGGAAUCCUGAUUCGGGUGGGAUCGUUUUCAGGUGUUAUCCCGAUCCCGUUCUCUGUGGGAUCCCUUUUUUGUUUGGUUCCACAGCUCCGAUUGGAUACCGUUUGCCCCAUUUGAUCAAGUGUUUCUAUGGGAUCGAAAUACCGGUGCGUUUCAGUUUACUCAGAACCCUUUAGGAUCCUGUAAUCGGUGUGACUAUAAAGGGUAAAUUCGUAGAAAUCCUAAUGAAGUAUAGAAAUGAAGAGAAAUAAUAUAACAUUGCAUUAAGGGUUUAGAUCCCAUUAUAUAUCAGCCUAAUGCAGUCUAUAACUCUCUGGAACAUUCUAGAUUCAAAUUAAUAUCCGCCUAAAAAAUGUGUAAAAGUGAUGCUUUUCUACUUAAUUAUUUUUCAAAUCCGAAAUAUUAUACAACAAAAUGCACUACUUUAACUACAUUAAUUUUGCAUUUAAAAAAGGGGGCGGCGGUGGGGGGGGGGAGGGCAUCCUUAACUGUACCAAUUAAAAUUUGCCUAGAAUAAGGGGAUCCAAUAUAUAUAAGUUGGACAAAUAUUAAAUUGAAAACUUGUCCCAUUAAAAUCGGUCUCGUAAUGCCAUAAAUACAGCCUUUCUAAAAUAUCGGACCUCCUGGAAAAGUCUAGAUUGGCCGCUUAAUGGAUUGGAGAUCAUUUUAAAUCCAGCGGUUUUACACUUAUGAUUACGAAGGCUUUUUCGACGAAGCUAGUAAUAGAUCCAUCAAUUCACAUAGAGCAUGUUGCGUUUUCUAAGCUUAUUGAUAUUUAUAUAGCUUAAAGAAGGACACAUUAAAUGGGGCACCAGAGGAAUGGAUAUUAUGAGUUCAGUACCCUAAGGUAUUUUAAUAUGGAUAAUCAAUUGUAUGUGUACUGAGCUUUCUCAAUAUCCAACAACCAUGUAGGAGCACUUAUAGGUCAUUUUAUUUAUAUAUUUUAUGUAAGGAAAAAAAAACCCACGGAUUCAGACCCCGGCCCCAAACGGAAUGUUAUAAAAAAUGUAUACUACCUUAAGAGUUCCUUCCGGUUAAUGGUAGAUAUGUUUUCCAAGUUUCGUCGACAUCCAUGAAUCAAUGUAAAAGCCUUUGUUGAAUUAAUAAACCAACACUUCAACUUUUGAAAAAUUAAAAAUGUAUAUACAAAUAUAUAUAUAUAUAUAUAUAUAUAUGUUAUAUGAUAUGACAUGAUAUGAUAUACAUGUCUAUAUCCCCUCUUUUAGGUUUACCCAGAACAUGCAAGGGUUCAGCUCCCAAUCUAAAAAUGGUUGCCUCACUUCACAGCAAACUUUCAUUGCCUUUCUGCAUCAUUGCCGACACGCAUCGGUUCAUCGAAGUCAAGUUUUACAUCAACGGGCAGCAGGUGAAGCUCACCGACUCCCACGCCAAGUAUAGAUUUGACUUUGAGAGGAACGAGCCGUCCACAAUUCACUUCACCAUCCACUUAAUUCUCCUUAACGUGAUGACAGCAGAUUACAAAACCUACAACCUGACGGGGACCGCAGGAAAAGGUUACGAUAUACAUUUGACGGUUCAGCUCGAUGGUGUGGGUAUGAAUUCCUCGUACCUCCUUUCGCUUACAAAUUACUCUCAAAUACAUACAGCACACAAUGAACAAGGAUAAAAAGUGCGUGAAAAUGAAAUACCCAAUCUUAAGCAAUAAUUUUACAUUUUUAAGACAUAAUACAAAUUUUACAAUUUUCGCUUUAAGGCCAUCUGUAUGUUUCAUAACCAAGUUAUGGAUCUGUUUUGCCCUCAUUUAUUUUCACAUAUUAUGCUGAUAUUUACUACAAAAUCAUAACAUACUUUACUUAUCAAUUCUGUUAUUGUUCAGUGGUCUUUGCUUAUCAAGGCUUUUUGUGGACUCAUCUGUUGUUUCUUUUUAAAGUUUCUUUUUACGGAUUAGACCUUCUUUCUGUAAAAAACAAACAAAAAAACAACAAUCAUUCUUUUCACAAAACUUAUUGAAGACGCCCCUACCCCCUCAAUAUUACCAUAGCAUUGUCACAUAUUAUCUUCUUUAUCAUAAACAUACGAAUACCAAAAAAAUAUUUGUAGAAGAUCUUAAAUGUACAGGUAUAGUGUGAGCCAUUUUUUGUGACUUUUAUGAACAGGUAAACCGUGUCCAGAAGGAUGGUGUGAGACAGAGCAAAGAAAAUGCCUAUAUCUUAUGCAGACUGGCAAUGACAACAAAAAAUUCAAAUGGCGAUGUGAACAUGGAGGCGGGACUUUGUUCAACGGGACAAUAAGUCAGGCGACACAGUAUAGCGACAGUAUGUAGAGCUAAUAUGUAUAUAUACGUAUGUAUAUAUAUAUACAUAUAUAUAUAUGUAUAUAUAUAUAUAAAUAUAUUUAUAUGUAUAUAUAUAUAAAUAUAUAUAUAUAUAAAUAUAAAUAUAUAUAUCUAUAUCUCUCUCUCUUUUUCUAGACAGAACGAUAGAUAGAUAGAUAGAUAGAUAGAUAGAUAGAUAGAUAGAUAGAUAGAUAGAUAGAUAGAUAGAUAGAUAGAUAGAUAGAUAGAUAGAUAGAUAGAUAGAUAGAUAGAUAGAUAGAUCGAUAGAUCGAUAGAUCGAUAGAUAGAUAGAUCGAUAGAUCGAUAGAUAGAUAGAUCGAUAGAUCGAUAGAUCGAUAGAUAGAUAGAUAGACACCUUCUUUAGGUUAAGAUUUAAAAUUUAAAAAAAAAAAAUUAAAUAUUUUUAAUGCAAACAAAAAAAAUAUAAAAAAUCGGAAUAAAUACAAUUUUUUGCCAAUUUUUUUUUUUUUGUUUUUUGUUUGUUUGUUUGUCCUUUCCUUAAUUUUAUUGCCAAAAGAAAAUAAAUAAAUAGUCAAAAAUUUUUUUUUUCACAAUGUAUCUACGCUUUCAUUUCAACUUUAAAAAUAGUGUAAGCUAUUAUUAACAAACAAUAACUAAAUUCGUCUUUAACAUCUUUAUCAUUCCUGAAAUGUUUCAGGCUUGUUGGCAAACACAAAUAGAAAAGACCACAUAGUUGUAUACGAAGAUAAUCAAACUUGCAAUGUCUACAACUGGGCAAAUUAUACAGGGAAAGACAUUGCGGAUUUCACUUCAACUUCUGAGUUCCAUAUCGCCUGUCAUCUUCCUUAUUGGUGUAAGACUUUUGAAAAAAAGUUUACCUUAAAAUAUUUAACCUAAGUGUGUUAAGCCCUCUCAGUGUUUCAGCUUGUGAAAUAUUUCAACCUGAAGCUAAUCAACAUAUAUAUAUAUAUAUAUAUAUAUAUAUAUAUAUUAUGAUAAAUUAACAGCUUGACCAAAUAAUAUAAAGCUUUUUUGAAAAAUGUGUAUAUUAUCAAUUCAUGGAUUUGGCAUAUAAUUCAAACUUUAAUAGAUUCCUUAACAAAAGAAACGAGAAAAUGUUUAACACCUGUUUAAAUUACUGUACAUGCAUAUGAGUAUUUUAUAUUUAAUUUUUAUAGGUAACAUGAUUUCCACUCUGAAUGAUAUUAAUUACAAUUGCCUAUGACAUAAUAUGAGGCAAUAUUCGUUGUUUUACAAGUAUUUUGAGGUGAUUAAAGGAAAUUUUUGACAUAAUUUUUUGAUUUAAGUUUAUGUUUUAUUAAAAUUUUUGGACUUUUAAUUUUAUACCAUUUAAGUCCUAAAAAGUUUACACAGCUAUAAAUAACGCCAGUUAUUUCUGCAUUUGCUUUUCUCUUCAGCUGAAGUAGGAACAAUUAUUCAGGAACCUAUCGACCCAAUGGUAUCUACAGAGAGUUCAAGUGAUAAUAAAAUAAACGUGUACGUGUCUAUUGGGGCUACGCUUGGAAUUGUCCUCUUUGGAAGUUUUUGCGGAGUGUUAUGCUAUAGAAAAAGAGGUAAGAAUGCAAAAAGGAAAUGUAGUUAGCAGCUAAAUUUUACCGGUGAGAUUAGUCAAACAAAGUUACGUUAUAUUUGAGUUAGUGUGUACUGGGGCGGAUCAAGAUACUUGCUACCCCCACCCCACACCUGAAAAAAUUUCCCGUUUAACCGAAAAGGCCUACUCUUAAUACAAUAAAGGUGGAAAUGGAUUAUGACCUAUGUUAAAAUAAUAAAAUGAAACCUCAACAUAUGUAUGUUGUAAAUGAAAUAAUGUUGAAUUAAAUGAGAAAACUGUGCUAUAUAAAAAGAACAAAAUAUUUACUCGCUAAAUACGAUAACUCUAAUAAGCAAUGAUACAAAGAGAAAUGUGUAUGUUUUAUUUCUAAAUUAUCAUAUAAAAGGAAGAAAAAAAAGACAAGAUUAUACAAUGGGUUAAAACAAAUCUCUCGUAUAAAUAUUUUUUUUGCACUAAUUGUCAAAUCAGGGAGUUCAUUGAUAGUUGUUGCGACUUAACAUUAUGUUCAUUUCGCGCCUUGUUUGUUUGAGGGUUAUUACUAGUUAGUAAACGCUACUCCCGAGCUUUACUAAGUGACGUAAUUUUAUGGGGAUUGUGACGCAUUGUCUAGACAAUAUUGUGACGUCAGCUUUAGUUGUGCGGCUGUAUUGAGUGGAACUUUGUUGAAGUAGGGUGUGUUUUAUCAAAAGAUUAUGUCUGAUAGUCAGCUGCACUAAAUUCAUGUGUUGUUAUCUAGAGUAUAUACUUGGAUAUCAAAGUUAUAAUUAUCAAGAAAAAGACUUGAGUUUAUUAAGUAAGUAAGAAUGGUACGAAGUAUUCAACGUGUGAAAGAACUUGACGAGUUAAUCAAUCCAAUUAGACAAAGGAGUUGAUAGUAAUCCCUUGACAAGAGUAUGUUUUAUCUACAGCAGCCACAUUAACAAUAUCUCAGUCACAUGAUAUAUAAAUUACUACUUUAGGGAUAUAUGCAACAUUAUUUCAUGCAACAUGAAUUACUUAUGUUUUCUGUAGUAAUAACGUAUAGUGUUGAAAUGUAAAACAAGUUAUUAAUUAGUAAAAUUCACACAGAAAAAGGAGCUUAGUAUAGUAAUAGAAACUUUUUUCUAUAAUUUCUAAAGUUUCGAUAUUUCUUUUCAGGUCAUUUCAAGAAAUCAAAAAAUUUGAAGUCAAGGUACAGAUUAACUUUUACAUUUUUUUCUUCUUCUUUAGUUUAUAUAUUAAAUAAUGAUUCUAGUUUUGAAGAAAAUUGCAUAUAUUAUAAACAUGUAUUUAAGUACUUGAUUUGAAAUAUAUAAUUGUUAAAUAAUUAUGAAUAUUUUUCUGGUAUCAAUCCCAUUUGAAGGUUGUUGGAAUCGUCCUCUACAACUGAUGCAGGUAAUUUUUUGAUUUGUAUUCAUUGCAUAAAAAAAAAAAUGAAACGUUUAUAAUUUUAAAAAGAGAAAAAAAAAUCUUAUGUGGAUAUUUAGGAGUUCAUUUUUGUUUGCUUUUCACAAAUUGCAAUGAGUUUAUUAUCACAAAGUUAAAGCAUUUCCUAUGCAAAACAAUUUUCAGCUUGCUUUCAAAAAGUUGACCGAGAGAGUAUUUAUCACACACUGGAAGAGGCUGAUGUAGCAACGAACAGAGACACUGACAAUAGACACGAUUAUGAUCUGGCAUUAAAUGAACAAGGCCUCGAGGAUUUCAUGUCACCUCAUAUUCAACGUGAAAGCAUUAAACCUCUUCCACCGCCAAGACCACCUGAGAAGAGCAAAUUGGGCAACAAAUGCUUAGACGUGUCAGUGUAUGAUGUGUGUGUUGAGCAGUGCACUGGCCAACCUGUCAUGAACAUCGCUGAUUCAACUAGCCAUAAUAUAUUAAGCAUUAAGGAAUUGGAUAAUAGCCUUAUAGAAAACGAUUUUGAUCUGCUAUGCGUUGAUAAAGGCAACACUAUUUUAUUCGAAAAAACGUUAAGAAAUCAAAAUGACAACACAGAAAGCUCUGAAAUAAAUACAAACCCUUUCACAUUAAUUGAUUUGAAAAACGAUACAGCUGACUAUAGCACACCACUCGCAACCAAAGAGGAGCAUCAGUACUCUGGUUAUGUCAAGGAAUCGAAAAGUAAAGACGAGGAAUCAUUACAGACUCUCAAAGCCACAGAUGCAUAUACGAUCAUGAUACGCAAGGAAGACACUUGCCAGGAUCUAGACGAUAAAACUGUGGGCAAUUCAAUAAAACAAUUGAAAGAAAACAACAUGUCACAAGCCAGUGGUAUGGAUAGUGAUUCCUCGAAAAAUGAAAACAGGAAGACUUUGACGCUUGAUUCGGAAGACACUGAAGCAUAUCAAGGGGGCUACAGCUUACCAUUAAAACGUAGUGAUGAUCACUUUUAUGCUGUUUUCGCACGAGAUGAGAGCAAUGGUAUUUCUUCCAUUAAAGAAAAAGAUCACAAUGCAUACCAUGUUCAGGAAGAGGAACAUACAAAGGAUCUAACAGACAAACAAUACGUUGCAUGUAAUUGUAAAAACGGAAAAUAUGCGGUUGAGAAAUCUAGAGUAUCGUAUGUUGAUUUGACGGAUCAAGCUAAAAAUUCUGACCAUGAAAAUUAUACUUCGCCGCUAAGUAAUUUCGUUCAUGAAAAAGACUGUUUUAUGAAAGGGAAUAGUUCUAACAAAUCUAAAGAAGGCGACGUCUUAAAAUGUAAUCCUAAUGUUUUAGGAGGGAAGUUAAUUUCAUCAAAUGGCACGAAAGUUGAAUUCAAAGAGUACACAACACUAUUUGAUUCCGAAACAUAUCCUGUAAUGUUUAAUGGAAACGACAUAGCGACAGAACCAGGUGGUGUCAAUGAUGAGAACUGGUAUCUUCAAUUCGAUGGUGCACAGUGUGAGUAUGGCAGUCAAAUGAGACCAGGAUGUGAAAGCAAUAAAGAAUACAUGACAUGGGACGGUGGAGAUGGGAGCACCACAGUUGACGUUCCAAGCAAUAAAAAACCUGUCUUUGCCUUUAGUAGCGGAGAAGUUGCGUUGCAUGUGAACUCAAAAGAAUCUGAAACGUUAACUAAUCAAGGCAGUGAAAAUAUCAAGGUGGGUAACUCUGAACUACAAGAAGACUUCCUGGUCUAUUGGACACCUGAUGGCUCCAAGAAAACGGUUUUAGAGCCAGCCAAUCCAACAUUGGCUGAUGAAUAUUGUGAACCUUAUGAAAUUUAAAGAUUGAUUGAUUUUUAGGUUCAAUGCUAAAAAAAAGUUAUGUAAAUUAAUUUUAGGGAUUGAAAUAAAAAGAGAAAAAAACUUUCACAAUGACCAGGGCAAAAGUUAAAAACAACAACGUAAUAGAUUAUUAGAAAGUUUCUAUUUAUAGCGCUUACUAAUAGAUACCGACAGUCAUUUCUUUAAAUGUAAAUGUAUCAAACACCAUUAAUAAUUUAAAAAGAUAUAUUACCAAGUCCAAUCUGCAGAACGAACAAUCUGGUAACAUUGAAAUAUUCGGUAUCUUAGAUGUAACCAGACAUUUGUUGGAGGUUGGCUGCCACAUGAAGUUUGUGGUGCUUCUAUAAGAAACAUACUGUACGAUUUAAAAGUGAUCCUUAUUUCUUUAAAUAUUUGUUCUUAGCAUUAUUAUCUUAUAUAACGAUAUUUCAAAAGAACAAGCUUUACGUAAAAUAAUUUUUAUAAAAAUAUUUCAGAAAAUGACAAUAAUGCAUUUAUUAUUUUCUUUGUAUUUAUUAUAUAUACAUUGCAUAUAUAUACUUAAGAUCUAUUCAAGACUUAUAAGUUAAAUUCCAUGAUUAAUUCGUUGUUGGUGACUUUUUUCAAAUUUCAACACAUUGUUAAACUUUUUUUUUUAAUUUUUACAAUGGAGUUUUUGUAUUUGUAUUAAAGCCCAUGUCUUUUGUCAUGUAUUUAAAUUUAUUUCCUAAUGAUUAAAAAAAUUUCUUAUGGUCAUGAGGCAAGAUUUAUAAUGUGUAAGCAAGGUUAACAUAUGUUUUCAAACUGAAAGAAGACAUUCAAAACAAAUUAAUUUUUGGAAAUGGGAGGAAAAAAUUGAAUUAUUAUCAUUUUAACCGUUUGAUUAGAAUAUUUGACUGUAUUCUGUUUUUCUAGCUUAGGAACAAUUCAAAUGAAACUUACGCAGCGAUAUCAAAGACUAUAUAACGAACAGUUUGCUUAGUUUACUUUUCUUGCCAAUCAAUAAAACUUCCCAAAAAAAAAAAAAAAAAAAGAAUUAUUCUGUUUUGUUUCAUGCAAA